UAGUGUAUGAGAGAUGAUGGCGUCUUCUGUACUUGAUUCUGUGUGUUUUACGUGAUUUUAGUGGUAUUAGUGAUCGAUUAAAUUAAAAUGAGUACCUGGAGCAGUGUCUCAGAUGAAUUUAGUUACGGAAUAGUUAUAUACAAUUACAAAGGAGAGGAUGACUUGAAAUUGGAGCUGACCGUGGGCGAAACCGUUCACAUACUGCAAGAAGAGGCGAAUUGGUACUACGGUUACGUGACGACCAAUCGCAACUGCAAGGGCAUAUUUCCAAAAAACUAUGUGCACAUAAAGCAAUGCAUUACAGUCGACACGAAAGGGCCUACUCCCAAUUUCGCAUUUCGUGAACCCCCCAUUACGCACGAGAUCUCAUCGGUGUUGCGUGAAUGGGGGUACCACUGGAAAAAUCUCUACAUCCAACAAAGUAACAAAUUCGAAGAGAUCAAGAACAAAAUCUACGAUCUGCUGAGCCAGAGGAGCAAAAUCUUGAGCGGUACCCUACCGGUGGACGAACUGAAACGCGUGACGAAACAAGCGACAGAGGCCAUCGAUGAGGGCAACAAAACUUUAGGUUUGGACCUGGUGGUCAGGGACAAGGAUGGCAACAUCAUCGACCCCGACGUAACCAGCACCAUCCAACUGUACUACCACCACAAAAACGCUACAGAACGGAUGAGCUCUCGAUCCAAAGUUGUAGUCAAAGACGAGACACCAAAGACUGCCAUACAACAGUUUUCGAACGUCUUCCUCCUUUCAGUAAGGAAUUUUACGUUCAAACUGAGUGAGGAUGCGGAACUACUGAUGAUGCUUUACGACGCCAAAGAGCAACGAUCCUUCACAGAGAAUUACGUUGUGCGAUGGAACAAGGAGGGCCUGAUGAGCGACCUGGAUCAAAUGUACAAUCUGAGGGUUAUGUUCACGGAUUUGGGUAAGAAAGACUUGGAAAGGGAGAGGAUUUUCUUCGUCUGUCAGGUCAUUAGGGUAGGUGCAAUGGAAGCCAAAGAGUUGGAACUGAGGCGGAGCUCCGUUAGUGCAAUGAACGCCAAAAACAAUAAAAGCUACAUCAACAACAUGAGGAGACCUCUUGGGGUGGCUGCAAUGGACAUUACCAACUAUUUAAGUGGCAAAUUAGAGAGUAAUUUAGAGAAAGAAUUUUCCGUCCCCUUCGUUAGUUGUGAAAAAGACAACUUAGAACAAACUUUAAAGAAAAUUAUUAAUAAGAACAAUUCUGAAAACAGAAAUCAAUCACAAAAUCAAUCACUCUACGUCAGCUGGAAACUGCUUAGGGGUGAUUCAAAACAAGUUCGAGAAGAGAAUCGACAUUUAGUAUUAGGUAAUGUGUCAACAGCUAGGAAAAUGGGAUUCCCCGAAGUGAUACUACCCGGUGACGUGAGAAACGACUUGUAUCUGACGCUUUUGAGUGGUGAAUUCAAUAAGGGAAACAAAUCCAGUGAUAAAAACGUCGAGGUCACCGUCAAAGUAUGCAACAAACAAGGACAACCCAUACCAGGGGUGAUAAGUGUUGGCGGUGGAAUCCAGAAUAUAAAUGAAUACCGUUCAGUUAUUUACUACCACGAGGACAAACCUCAGUGGUUCGAGACUUUCAAAGUGGCAAUACCAAUAGAAGAGUUCAAAACUAGUCAUUUGAAGUUCACGUUCAAACAUCGGUCUUCCAACGAGGUAAAGGAUAAAACUGAAAAGCCGUUUGCCAUGUGCUACGUGACCUUGAUGCAGAAAAACGGCACGACGCUUAGAGACAAGAGACAUGACCUUGUGGUUUACAAGAUAGACCACAAAAAGUUCGACGAGGACAGUUUGGAUUAUCUGGAGUUGCCGUCGACGCUGGCCGAAGUUAAGAACCAAAAAGCAUCGGCUGGUGGACUUACGGUCAACUUAAAGGACUCCUUUUGCAUAGAAAGCAACAUUUGUUCCACAAAGCUGACUCAAAACGUUGAUUUGCUGGGUCUCCUCAACUGGUCAGCUAACAAAGACUCCCUGGAGGAUUCGCUGAAAGCUUUAAUGAAUGUUGACGGUGAAGAAGUUGUUAAGUUUUUGCAGGACAUUUUAGACGCACUUUUCAACAUUCUCAUGGAAAACCAAGAGACUGACAAAUAUGAUACACUUGUGUUUGAGUGUUUAUUGUUUAUCAUUGGUUUAGUUAAUAAUUGGAAGUACCAGCACUUUGAACCAGUUCUGGAUUUGUACAUAAAAGAAAGUUUUAGUGCCACUUUAGCCUACAAGAAAUUAAUUGGAGUUCUCAAAUCCAUCAUCGACACGAGAAACCUGCACACCCACGCCAAAGAUCUGAUGUUCAGGACGAUGAAGUGCCUUCAAUACGUGAUGCGAUUCAUAUCCAGGUCCCGAAUUUUGUACAGGGAUCUAAACCCGGACGUAGAUGACUCGUUCGACGAGGAAUUCGAAGAGCUGCUUCAAGACAUUAUUAUCAUGAUGAGUAUUACCAGGGAAGAUCAUCAUGAUCUGCUUAGAGAACAGGGGGCCGUCCUAAAAUACUUUCCGUCCACUAUACCCGACAUUUUAAUGAUUUAUCCUCCACCCAGGUUAAGCCUGGUUUUGUGCCAAAUAUUGAGUGGGAUACCAAAAGGUAGGCUUACGAAGCAGAAAAUGAUGACGAUCAACGACAUUGUGCACAGUAAACUGUUUUUAAUCUCCGAAUGUCGUUCCAUACUUUUGCCGAAAUUUACGGAACAAAUCCGGGAUUUGUUUCAGACGAAGGAGGAGGGUGUUGCGACGAGACAAGACGGAAGGAGACAAAACAGGUCGGUGGCCAAAGUGGCUCAGCUGCUCGGAACAACUGCGCAUUGCGUCAACCAGCAUGUCGGAUAUUCGGAAGAGGUUGAUUUGUGUAUUAAAAUAAUGAGCGACAUUAUGGAGUUGCUUUUCCGGAAAAACAUUGGUCCGACAUCAGAUGACCUAAGCGAAAUUAUUCGUACUGUUUUAAGGACGAUCAUUCAGAGUCACAUAAAAAUGGAGAAAGACAAUCCUCAUGCUAGUAUGGAUAGUAGUGCAUGCAAAGCAACGUAUGUUAAAGGUAACUUAGUGGCGGUGAUGAUCGACAUAUUCCGGCAGAUGACCGAAGAACACUACAACGAGUACAUAAACCGCUUCUCCACCUCGUUCGACAUACUGGACUUCCUCAUGGAGAUCCUGGUCGUGUUCAAGGAACUAGUCAAUAACUCGAUCUUCCCCGAGGACUGGUCGGAGAUGAUAAUGCUGCAGAACAGCAUCAUACUAAAGUCGCUCAGGUUCUUCUCCCACACGAUCCGUGACCGGUUCUUCGACAAGUUCGAGUACGACGCCUGGAGCAACUUCUUUCACUGUGCGAUCGCGUUCAUGACUCAAAAGGCGCUUCAGCUCGAGAACUUUACGUCCAGCAAGAGGUUGAGGUUGGUUAAUCGUUACAACGACAUGCGAAGGGAGACCGGGUUCGAAAUCCGUCAAAUGUGGUUCAACUUAGGGCUGCACAAAAUCCAUUUUGUUCCCGGUUUGGUGGAGCUGAUGCUCGACAUGACGCUGAUUCCGGAAACGGAGUUGCGCAAGGCCACGAUACCAAUUUUCUUCGACAUGAUGCAGUGCGAGUAUUAUUCGUCGAAGUUGGAGUUCGAAAGUUACGGAGACACGAAGCGGGAUUCGACGCAUAUCAAGGCGUCGUUUGCGGAGUUCGAGAAGGAGAUGAUUCACAAAUUAGAUACUCUGUUUGGGCUGAGAGGGGACGCUGAGUACAUGAAUCUGUUUUAUGACAUCAUGAUUGAGCUUUGUGAACAACACAGCAGUUUGGCCAUUGAAGGUAUAAAGUUUGUGAAGAUCGUCAAGAAAUUGAUGGAGAAUCUGUUGGAGUACAGAAGUAUAGUCAGUGAUGAAAAUAAGGAGAAUACCAUGAGCUGUACUGUUAAUUUAUUGGAUUUUUAUUCGGAAAUUAACAAGAAAGAAAUGUACAUAAAAUACUUGAACAAAUUAUACGAUCUUCACAUAGAAUGUGAUAAUUACACAGAGGCCGCCUAUACUUUAAUGCAACACACAAUUUUACUGGAUUGGUCCAACGACAUUCUGUCACCCCUUCUAGUCCACAGCAAGUAUGAGAAGAAAACUCACAGAGACCUAAAGGAAGCUCUCUACAAAGAUAUAAUUGACAACUUUGACAAAGGAAAAAUGUGGGAGUGCGCAAUAUCAAAAUGUCAAGAACUAGCAAAGCAGUGCGAAGAAGAAACUUUUGACUAUUUUAAGCUGAGAGAUUUGCAUCAGAGGAUGGCCACCUUUUACGACAACAUAAUGAAGAGCGUCCGGCCAGAGCCUGAGUACUUCCGAGUGGGGUACUUCGGACAAGGGUUCCCCAAGUUCCUGCGCAAUAAGAUCUUUAUAUUUAGAGGCAAGGAAUACGAGAGACUGGUGGAUUUUUCGACGAGAAUUCUAAACGUAUUCCCUAAAGCUGAACUGCUGAAGACGCUAACUCCACCUGGAAGCGACAUACAGAACUCCGACCGACAAUAUAUUCAAGUGAACAAGGUGGACCCAGUUAUGGAUGAGAAAAAGCAACGUUUCUCUGGCAAGCCAGUGUCUGACCAAAUAGUGAAGUUCUACAAAGUGAACAACAUCCAACGGUACAUUUACUCCCGACCUUUUAUUAAAAAAGAUCCCAACUUGAAUUGCAACAACGAAUUCUCCAGUUUGUGGCUGGAAAGGACUGAAAUAGAGACGACUUACCCACUGCCGGGUAUUCUCAGGUGGUUCCCCGUUAAGCACAGCAAAGUCGAAGAGAUAUGUCCCUUGAGAUAUGCCAUUGAAACGAUUGAGAGGACCAAUAAAGAUCUUACAAAAUUCGUAAAUAUGUACAACAUGGACAAAAAUAUGGAUGUGAAACCUUUGAGCUUGAAACUAAAUGGUAUUUUGGAUCCCGCCGUUAUGGGGGGUAUCAAGAACUACGAAGACGCCUUCUUCCAUUCUAAUUACAUAGAUCUGUACCCGGAAAAUAAGAUAUUGAUAAUGAAAUUAAAAGACCUGAUAGCAGAUCAGAUGCCUUUACUCGGCCUUUGCGUACAAAUCCACAAAUACAUUCACACAUCCGAGAUAACUGCCCUCCACACUCGAUUUGAGGAGUGCUUUAAAAAAAUGCAAGAAGUUGUGGAACGAGAGUAUGGAAAAAAGACAUGCGACUUAAAAUUAGAAAACGAAGUACAAAUGCGAAGACACUUCAGCAUAGCUGAAAAUAGGGCUAUGUCGGAAUUCCCAAAUAGUGGCGAUAACUUUGGUGGUCGUAGCCGAGUUUCGAGUCUAACCAGAACCCAAGUGACCUCACUGAAACAUUUUACAUCCACAUUUCACUUUAGCGCUUCCUCACCCGCAUUACAAAGCAAACAACCGCACAAUUCUCAUUCCAAAACAGUGAUUAUCUCACCCACGAAAAGUUUAAGCGGCUCAUCAACGUACAAAAAGUCGAAAACACCGAAAGAAAAAAGACGAUCCAGCAAAUCCGACUUGGGUAGUCCGGCACUCGUUACAGGGGCGUCGCAGUGGUACACCGAAGACACGAAAAGCAGCACGACUACAUUAUCUAACGGAUCGCCCAUUAUUGAGCUGACCGAAGAACUGUUACCUAAGAGGCCACUGAGGGCUGAAGUCGAGAAAGAGAAACGCUUAAGCAGACCACCUAGUGGACAAUUCAGUAGGCCAAACAGCAUGACCGUCACCAUUCGAGGGGCCAGCAGUUCAGGGAACAGUAGUAACAGAGAUUCAGUUGGAACCACUGAUUCAAGUAUAAGCGAAGAAGACAUGAUUCCGCCACCGCUACCCUUGAAAAGUAGGGACAUGGAUUACAGUAACUUACCUCCAGCAGAAAACGUAAGUUUCCUGUACUCACAGAGGAACUCGACGGCACGAGCGUCGAUUCAAAUCAAGUGGCCAGAGGACAACAUCGUGGUAGACUUUGAUGAAGUGCCUCCGACGCCGCCUCCAAAGCCGCCCAAGAAACAAAAAUUCUGAUAGUAUUUUAUAGUUAGGUUAUCACUAGAAAAAUACUCGAUUUCCAGUUGUGUGGAUUUGGAAUUGAAACGUACAAACUAAUUUAUAACUUUUAUAAAGCUGUUUUUUUAUAUGAAUCCUGUUCGGCUUUCGUACUGUUAAAUAUUUUGUUUGUAUAUAGGGUUUUUUAUAUAAAAGCUAUUUAAUCGAUUCAUAUACCUCAAAAAGGUGCUCGUUUGUAUCUCGGCAGAAGUUCUGACAUUGACGUCAAUGAAUAAAAUAACUUAUUCCAAAUAUACAUAUGUAUUCAGUGAUGACAUACAUGUUACCAUAAGUGCCAUUUAUCAUAUUUGAACUAGGUAUUUUGUAUUAUACAUGUAAAAUUUUAACAAUUAACCAAAGAAUAUAUUUUAUUUAUAAAUAUAACGGAUAUAAAAUAAAUUUUUCAUUUUUAA